AUGACAAGGAAUGAUAAGGAACGACGAUUUCAUCCAGAAAAACAGAACACGACCAAAGAGAUUUUAAAAUCUGAACUGAAGAAGAAACGGAAAACAAAUCUGGCCGAUGAUUUUAAUGAAGAUAGCUCAUCUAACGAGGGACGUAAAACACCUUUCAUGAAGGAAUACGAAUACAAGAUGACCAUGAACAGACGGUUUGAAGAUGAGGGGUUUUGGGACGACCCUGCCACUAAAGCAACAGCUGUCGAGCUUUUCGGACUGGACUUGUUAGAUGAACUGCUGUAUGGCCGUGAUGUGGAAGAUUCAGAAAGACGUACAGACGGGUCUGAAAAUGACAAGGAUUCGGAAAAGGAAACUUUUAAGGACAUCGAGGAUUAUGGAGAUUCUUGCCCAAAGAAAUCGAUCAGUCCAGCUAUGAAGUCAGCCUCGGAUAGUUCAGUGACGUUCCCUGACAGCGAUGCUGAAUCUAAAACCAGACUCGCUCAACGCAGUACAAAUGACGCAGAACUCAGAAAGGACAAGGCGCGAGUUCGCUCAGCUAUACGUCGUCUUUUAACUGAAAGACUUUUUGGUUUGACCAAUGGCGGUGGCGGAUCAACCAGUGGUGAUAGAGGCUCAACCAUGGGUGGUGGCGAAUCAACCAGGGGUGGUCGCGGAUCAACCAGGGGUGGUGAUAGAUCAGCUAUUGGUGGUGGCGGAUCAACAAAUGGGUCUGGCGGAUCAGCUAUUGGUGGUGGCGGAUCAACAAACGUGUCCGGCGGAUCAGCUAUUGGCGGUGGCGGAUCAACAGACGUGUCCAGCGGAUCAGCUAUUGGUGGUGGCGGAUCAUCAAAGGGGUCUGGCGGAUCAGCCAUGAUAAACACUAACCAGGGAAAGUCAAAAGUUGUUUUCGUUGAUGAAUACAGUGAAUCUGCAGACGCAUUGUCUCCAUUGUCAUCAAAUAGUGGGUUGCCUCCCAUGUCAGGAUCAAUCCUACCAUCAUUAGCGCCACGAUCUACAUCACAUCCAAAUCCGGGUCUCACAGUUUCUGAUCAGUCUACUAUAUUAGCCGAUGGUCUCGAGAAAGAUAAAAUAUUUAUAAACCGAGCUCAGAAAAGUCAUAUUCACUGGUUCAAGACGGACUAUAAUGGUGGACCCGAGAGACGCUUUGUAAAACAUGUUGAUAAUACACAGAAUCUGGUUGAGAUGGUGCCGAGUCCAUAUCAUCCUGUGCCAGUUAGAAAUCCGACCGCUCCAAUAACGUUUGUGUCCAAGAGAGACGUGAACGUGUCCAAGGCGCCGAUAAGAUACACGAGCAGAUCCAGACAUGUAGAUGUCUUGUCCAUGGACGAAUGGAGGCUGAGGAAACUGCUGGAGGAGCUGUAUAAGGAUAAGAAGUACAUGGAUCUACUGCUACACAAACAAGGCAAACCCUCAUACGUCAAUCAGUUGGCACACUAUGGAAGGGACUACCUCUUACAAAUCGCAGACUUUUGGGAGUCUAAAGGUAUUCUUCCGCCACGUCCAGAUCAGAAUAUGGCGGAUUCCCAGGCGCCAGUGCGUUCUAAAACAUCGUUGAGUCUUAAUGCAGAAAGCAAAGACUCGAAACCAGACGCCAGUCGACUUGGCCUAGACAUGAACAAAACUGUAUGCUAGUGCAGCCAUCUGUAAUCGUCUGUUUUGGGGUUGGUAGGUCCUGUGUUUCAGUCUCAGGCUGAACUUACAGCACAACGGAGAUUUGUAUUCAUUCACAGACGUAUGCCUCAUUAACUGUUUAAAACUGUACCUCUGUCAUGGACAGAUAGCCUAGUUAACUGAAUUGUUUGCCUAGAAAAGUAUAGUUGAAAUUAAAAUAAUUUGUAAUGAAUGCGUGUUACGGUAUUACUAAAAAAUCGUUUCCUAUGA